AUGACGGGGGCGCGCUUCAACAUCGGAAAAUGUGACACACGGUCCAUGCAGGAGGUAAGACAGCUAGCUGUUCGUUCAAAAUACUGCCUUUUCGUAACUUGAGUGUCAGGGACAGUGUCAGGGUGAUAUUGUUGCCACGUGUUGUUUAAAGGGCUUGAAUGACGUUCAGCUAGGUGUAUGCUCAGAUUCAGAAAACUUUAAUGACCUCAAUGAGGCCAUUAGACUGAAUGAGAAUAAUAGUCGAUUUAUAGUGAAAAUAAGUUCACCCCACAGCUGUCAGGUACAGAGCGUUGCUAUUCCUCUUAUUUCUUGGAAAUAAGUAGGCACUCCUCUCUCUGUCUCAUGGCUGCUUCUUCAGACUAUCCAUAUGUAGAGGUGUGUGUGUGUGACACAUUGAAAUGACUGAUUAGGACUAUUUUAGGGAUCUGGGGCACAGGAUGUUGGCUGUGAAUAUUAUAGUCAUUCCUCCUCUCUCUCUCUAUCUCUCUCUGUGCUCAUAGGAUGGAAAACAGCAACCCUAUUUUACAGUCCUGAUAGUUGUUUAUGGUCCUGAUAGUUGUUUUACAGUCCUGGUAGUUGUUUUACAGUCCUGAUAGUUGUUUUACAGUCCUGAUAGUUGUUUUGCGGUCCUGAUAGUUGUUUUACAGUCCUGAUAGUUGUUUUUACGGUCCUGAUAGUUGUUUUACAGUCCUGAUAGUUGUUUUGCGGUCCUGAUAGUUGUUUUACGGUCCUGAUAGUUGUUUUACGGUCCUGAUAGUUGUUUUAGAGUCCUGAUAGUUGUUGUACGGUCCUGAUAGUUGUUUUACGGUCCUGAUAGUUGUUCAGAAACCAUGUGAACAAUGAUAACAUACAAACAUAACAAUAAGUUGUAGUGCUUGAUUGAAUGACUCCCAAAGAGCAAAAAGAAAUGUGGUCUAUCAAAUAAAGUGUAACCUGGCAAACCAACGUAACUGUACCAGAUCACCCCUUUUCUCUACCAGCUAGAAGCUAUAUGGUCUUGCUGAGGUCUAUAUUGACAUUGUGCUCGUGAUGAGCUGCUAGAUUAACCUAGAUGUCACUGCAGUGAUGAACCCAUUAGGCAGGAUUAGGCGGCUGCCUAUGGCGGCAGAUUGAGGAGCUAAACUGACCAAGACGCACUUCCAACAACAACACAUAAACCUCACAUAAUUCUGCCCCCCUCCCCCCCUUUGUCAACGGCAGGGGCACAAAAUAUUUAGUUUGUCCAUUCCCAGCGCGCCUCUCCAGGGUGCUGUUGGAGAGACUCAUCGCUGGGGCGGUCCACCAACGUUCCGUCAAAACAAUAAUCUAACAUAAAUCAUGUAGGAUAUGGUAGAAAGAGAAUCUGGUCUUUUCUGUAGCCUACAGGCUGGAGAUAAAAUGUAUGACAAUGUAAUGAGAUUGACACCUUUUACAUCAUGCAGGAUUCUCUGAUCAUAUAGCCUAACCUAAAUACAGUGGAUUUUGAAAGUAUUCAGACCCCUUGAUUUUUUGACGCUACAAGCUUGGCACACCUGUAUUUGGGGAUUUUCUCCCAUUCAUCUCUGCAGAUUCUGUCGAAGUUCUGUCAGGUUGGAUGGGUAGCCUCGCUGCACAGCUAUUUUCAGGUCUCUCCAGAGAUGUUCGAUCGGGUUCAAGUCCGGGCUCUGGCUGGGCCACUCAAGGACAUUCAGAGACUUGUCCCGAAGCCACUCCUGCGUUGUCUUGGCUGUGUGCUUAGGGUCGUUGUCCUGUUGGAAGGUGAACCUUCACCCCAGUCUGAGGUGCUGAGCGCUCUGGAACAGGUUUUCAUCAAGGAUCUCUCUGACGGUUUUUGCUCUGACAUGCACUGUCAACUGUGGGACCUUAUAUAGACAGGUGUGUGCCUUUCCAACUCAUGUCCAAUCAAUGGAAUUUACCACAGGUUGACUCCAAUCAAGUUGUAGAAACAUCUCAAGGAUGAUCAAUGGAAACAGGAUUCACCUGAGCUCAAUUUCGAGUCUCAUAGCAAAGGGUCUGAAUACUUAUGUAAAUAAGGUAUUUCUGUUGUUUAUUUUUAAUACAUUUGCAAAAAUUUCUAAAAACCUGUUUUCACUUUGUCAUUAUGGGGUAUUGUCCGGUCCGGACCAAAUCUGAACCAAUCACAGACGUCUAUGUUUGGUUCAGAAUUUUGUCCGGUCUGAACCAGCCUUGAUUUGGCCCAAACAUAGACGUCUAUAAAUGACGUCUUUUCAACUUUCAUUCAGAACCAAAAAUGAGCCUGAUUUCAACAUCGGGAAAAUACAUAUUUUCAAAAUCUGGAAAAUCCGUAUUUUCAACUUUCAUUCAGAACUGAAAAUGAACUUGAUUUCAACAUCCAGAAUAUACGCAUUUUUCAACGUCCGGAAAAGACGCCUUUUCAACGUCCUGGAAAAUAUGUAUUUUAAACGUACGGAAAAUACAUAUUUUCACCUUUCACUCAGAACCUAAAUUUAACCUAACUUCAACGUCUGAAAAAUACGUAUUUUACAUGUCUUUUCAAUGUCAUUUUGCUCACUGGGAGGGGGCUUUUUUUGAGGGGGUCUUGCCUAGGGCGGGCAAGGACUGGCCCUGGAUUAAUCAGUAACUAAGUAAUCUCAGAGCCCAAAACCGAGUCUUAAAGACAUGACAAGCUACUCGAUCUGUCACGGGAGACAUGUAACUAAUCUGCUACCUGAACUAAAUCAGCUGCUCGAUUUAACAUUUUAAUGUUAAGGCUAACUGUCUGUCUGUUAUCAGAUUAUGUGAACUCUGACCUCUGGGCGGUUGGUGUACUGAUGAUGAGGAAGCUAACCGUUCUAAACUGUUGACCCUUCCUUCUGCCUCUGACCAGGCCCAAGCACCAUCAUGCCUCAGGUACACAGCCUUGUUAUACUACGAUAUAUAUACAUUAUACUUCAUAAUAUAUAGAUACUUUACCAUGAUGAGUUGCUAGGUUACUAAAUUAAUGCUGGCUAUUGUACAAUAUGAUAACUGAGAGUCAUAUCUGCCUUUCUCUCUCUUUCUCUCUCUGUCUUCCUCCCCCUCUCUCUUUUUAUCUCCCCCUAUCCCACUCUGACCCCUUCCCCCUCUCUCUCUCUCCAGCCAGGUAGCAGUGGGAUGGAGCCUGUCUUCGGUGAGGCGUAUGGGACCAACGGGUUAUCUGUGACCUUAGAGCCAUUCACCAUCUCUCCUACAGGGGAAAGCACAGAGUCAGACAACGUAGGUACAGUGGAAAACAUUUGUGUCCCACGUCUGAAUCAGUGGAGGCUGCUGAGGGGAGGACGGCUCAUAGUAAUGGCUGGAAUGGAGUAAAUGGAAUGGCCUCAAACGCAUGGAAACCAUGUGUUUGAUGUGUUUGGUACCAUUCCACUGAUACCGCUCCAGCCAUUACCACGAGCCCGUACUCCGCAAUUAAGGUGACACCAACCUCCUGUGGUCUGACUCAGUCCCUGAUUAGAGGGGAUGGAAGAAUGAAAACCAUCAGUGUUAUUGACCUCUGGAUCUGGAAUUGAAUACCACAGAAGUAUAAAUGAUGUAUGUGUAUGUAACUCAGUGUUAUUAUAGAUAGACUUAGAGAAGGACAUCUAGAGAGUGUAUGUGUUUGGUCUCUGUGUUGCAGUGUCCUAAGGGUGUGGUGGUGAUGUUGGGGGCCCCAGCCCUGUCCCUGUCCCUGUCCCUGUGUCGAGGCCAGCAGCCUGGAUGUGAGCUACUCAGUGAUCUCUUGGAGGACGUGAUCACUGACGACACACACACCUCUGAGCGUUGCUGGGACGUCUCGGCCUUGGAUGACAUCACACACUAUGCCAAAGGCAGCCCAGAGGGGGCGCCACCGAGCUGCGAGAGCUCCUCCGUCUCACCUGAGGUAUGAGUUACUCUUAACCGCAGAUUAUCCGGAUUAACAUCCUCACUAACCUUAACCAUUAGAUCCUGGGAAGUCACUUCUGGUUCUGGAGAUCUACAGGGUGUCCAGCCAAGCACUAACACAACUGAGGCAGCUAUUGAUUAGUUGAGUCUGAUGUGGGUCCAUGGCUAGUCCUUGGGAACUCUGACCCUGGUUUAGAGCGAACUUCUACCUACUCUGUUAUGCUCUCCACAGGGAGACAGAGAAGAACCAUGGUUAUCCCUGAGACCAAGGGGCAGGCAGCCGAGGAGCCCUACAGACCUCACACCCUGUGUGGGGUUGGGGGCUGGACACCUCCCCCUGGCUGGGAGAGAUCCAGAGUCCUGGAGCGAAGAGGCUGGAGGGCGGGAGAGUGAAGCUGGGGAAGAUCUGCAGCAGGUGGGGCAGGAAGAGGCGGUACUUAACUACUCUCUACAGAGUGAGCCAGACACUGAGUCUAGUCAAGGAACAGACAGCGACAUUGGAGAGGAAGAGGAGGAGAAGGAGGAAGAAGAUGGGAAAGAGGAAGAGGAGAACGGGAGAGAAACCAUGGAGGAAGAGAAAGGGAAGGAAGAGGAGGAGCUUCAGUCCCACGUGAGACCAAAGAAACGCCGGCGUUACUGGGAAUGUAGCCUCUUCAGUGACCUGGGGAGAGAUGGAGAGAAAGAUAGAGAGAGAGAUGAAGAAAGGGAUGAAGUUAAAUAUGAAGGGGAUAUAAUCUGGGGCCCUAGCACCCUACUCAGCACCAUGUGCCUGAAAGAGGGGACCUCCACCAAUGGUGAGACCUCAAGCCCAUAAGGGCCACAAAUGUACAAUAGAAUAAGGAAAGGAAGAUGUAAAACAUUUUUACAUUUUAUAUGUUCAUAAUGCCUCAAUUUAUAUACAUUUUCAACACCCACAGUGUUGGAGACCCAACACUCUGGCAGUCUUAAUUUAUCAACACUCAUUCGGUGGGUCACAUACAUAAUAGGAAAGUGUUAAUUUUAAAGGGAUACUUGGAGAUUUUGGCAAUGAGGCACGUUAUCUACUUUCCCAGAGUCAGAUGAACUCGUGGAUACCAUUUUUAUGUCUCUGUGUCCAGUAUGAAGGAAGUUAGAGGUAGUUUCGCUAGCCAAUGCUAACUGGCGUUAGCACACUGACUGGAAGUCUAUGGGUAUCGACUAGCAUAAUAAUGAUAUCCAGGAGUUCAUCUGACUCUGGGGAAGUAGAUAAAAGGCCUCAUUGCCAAAAUCCCCAAGUAUCCCUUUAAAUCCUGAAGUAUCCAUUUAACACUGUGGGUGAUAAAAUUCAGAAGUACUAUUUUCUGUGUACAACUGCUUCAACCUCGCCAUCUCUCAAUGAUAUUGCCACACACAAAUACUUUGUUAGUGGAGUCUAAAGCAUAGCUGCAUUAGCUGCACUGUCAGUUGCGUCUUGAGUGCUUGAGGGCUUGGAAACAUACAAUUACAUUUAGUCAUUUAGCAGAUGUUCUUAUCCAGAGUGACUUACAGACAUUGCAACUAAGUAAAACCGACCACAAACUCCUGUGUGUUCCAAAGGUAAGCGAGGCCAGAGGAAGGCCCGUCGCACAGACGCCAGUGACCUGACCCCCAGCCCUGGGAAGCUACAGAGCCUGGGGGAGCAGCUCCACACACUCAGCUCCGCUCUGGAGGACAUGACUCCUGUCAGUGACCUGCCUGUUACUGCCAGGACCCCAACACGGAAGGAGAGGAACAAACUGGCCUCCAGGUACACAUACACACUGGGACACAUGACUUACCUGAAUAACUAUAGAGGCAUAAUUCAUUUGUGGCUUUUCACACACUGCACUUUCAGAAAGUACAUUUGAUUUGUACAGCAGGGUGUCCCGGUUUGAAGUACCAUCCAGUGCACUCAACAGAACUAUGAUGUAUUAAAUUCAACCUGCGUCUAGCUAAGUGCUAGUGAGGUCGAGUGUAGCGGAGCAUAAGCUCUCUUUCUCUCUCUCUUUCGCUCUCUCUCGCUCUCUCUCUCUCGCUCUGUCUCAGUUCAAUUCAAUUCAAUUCAAUUUAAGGGCUUUAUUGGCAUGGGAAACAGAUGUUAACAUUGCCAAAGCAAGUGAAAUAGAUAAUAAACAAAAGUGAAAUAAACAAUAAAUAUUAACAGUAAACAUUACACUCAAAAGUUCCAAAAGAAUAAAGACAUUUCAAAUGUCAUAUUAUGUAUAUAUGCAGUGUUGUAACAAUGUGCAAAUAGUUAAAGUACAAAUGGGAAAAUAAAUCAACAUAAAUAUGGAUUGUAUUUACAAUGGUGUUUGUUCUUCACUGGUUGCCCUUUUCUUGUGGCAACAGGUCACAAAUCUUGCUGCUGUGAUGGCACACUGUGGUAUUUCACCCAGUAGAUAUGGGAGUUUAUCAAAAUUGGGUUUGUUUUCAAAUUCGUUGUGGAUCUGUGUAAUCUGAGGGAAAUAUGUGUCUCUAAUAUGGUCAUACAUUUGGCAGGAGGUUAGGAAGUGCAGCUCAGUUUCCACCUCAUUUUGUGGGCAGUGUGCACAUAGCCUGUCUUCUCUUGAGAGCCAGGUCUGCCUACGGCGGCCUUUCUCCAUAGCAAGGCUAUGCUGACUGAGUCUGUUCUCUCUCUCCCCCCCCCCAAGAGCGUGUCGGCUGAAGAAGAAAGCCCAGCAUGAGGCCAACAAAAUCAAACUGUGGGGUCUGAACCAGGAGUAUGGUGAGUAAUUUCUAACUGUGGGGUCUGAACCAGGAGUAUGGUGAGUUUUUUAUUUCUGCCGAUUAUAAUCUGUGACCCAACUAAAACUGUUGUUAUGGGUUCUGUUGGUGAUCCACCCAGUAGAGAAAGAUUGUGUUUCUAGCCAGGACCCUGUCUCAAGUUAGCUGGUCCCUGAUCUGUAUCUGCAGUCUUAGGACUUGGUAAUACAGAACAAUCAGAUCUGGGACCAGGCUAUUCUCAAGAUGUGACCCAACCUAAUCAACCAGAAGCCACAGGGUCCUGACCAGUGGAGGCUCCUCAGAGGAGGAAGGGGAGGACCAUGCUACUCAAUGAAUUUCAGAAAAGUUAAAAUAGUACAACAUUAAAAGAGUUAUCCUUUUUAGAUAAAACUAUACUAAAUAUAUUCACGUCACCAAAUUACUGAUUAAAACACACUGUUUUGCGCUGAAAGUCUACAGUAGCUUCAAUGGCACUCUCUGGGGUUGCACCAUGGUAUAGCUGGAGGACAGCUAUUUUCCGUCCUCCUCUGGGUACAUUGACUUCAAUACAAAACCUAGGAGGAUCAUGGUUCUCACCCCCUUCCAUAGACUUACACAGUAAUUAUGACGACUUCCGGAGGACGUCCUCCAACAUAUCAGAGCUCUUGCAGUAUGAACUGACAUGUUGUCCAUCCAAUCAAAGGAUCAAAGAAUGAAUCUACUACUGAAAGCAUAAGCUACAGCUAGCUAACACUGCAGUGCAUAAAGUGUGGUGAGUAGUUGACUCAAAGAGAGCGAAAGACAAUAGUUGAACAGUUUUUAACAAAUUAAGUAGAAGCAGCAGAGAGAUCGCUAUAUUUCGCUGGUUUAACUGCUAAACUGCUCUCUGUACACUGUACUGUGUGAUUGUACACAUGGAUUGGAUUGUGGGUUUACUAAGGUGUUAGUUCUAGUUUGUUGACUAUAUCGUUACUAUGGUGACAACAACGUAGGCUGUGUAGCGGUUAACGGUUAUGGUAUGAAGGUUUGGCUUGGAGAGGUUUGUGCGCUUGGUCAUAGAGAGCUGUUGUGUUGUGCACUGAAGUCCACGAGCGAAGGAAAAAGAUGAGAGGAGAGCGCGUAGAUGCGAAAAGGAAUUAUACAACGAGCAUUAGAGAUGAUGCCGUAUUUGUCUGCUAUGAAAGUGAAUUGUGUGUGCGGCUGAUCAGGGGUAUAUUCAUUCUGCCGAUUCUGUUGAAAAGCAUUUCUUAAACAGAAGCAAACGGAAGUGGGAAGGACCUACCUGAAUUUGUCCAAUAGAAACUCUCGUUUUAGUUGCAAAACUUUCUGAUUGGACUAUGAUUACACCCCAGAUCAGCUAGAUGCAGGCAAGAGUGUGCAAGGCAUUGUUGAAUGUGUCACUGUCUGUCACCUUGAUUACGCUAAUUUGUCUCUCGACCAGUGCACCUACGUUAUAAACUUUAAUUUGUAGUCUAGGUUGUAGCAACCUCAUGAUGGAUAUAGGGCAAAUUCGAGUAUUAUGUAGUAGCCUAAACAUAUCGAGCUGGGUGGAUGGAAUAUGAACGACAGUCAUCCAAUAUGCUGUAAUAGAAAUAAGGCCAUGCUCAUAAAAAAUUUAAUCCACCUCCCUGAUCUUAAACGGCACCGACAGCCACUGGUCCUAACACACUGUUGUAGAUAAUUAUCUGUUUCAUACAAUCAUUUUUCACACUUUAAAUAUACAUUUGUAUUAUUUAAUUUAUACUGAGACUUUCCAUGGGAACCUAGCCUGUAUGCAGCCAUUUUAGCUCAUUCAGUCAAUCCUUCAUGUCUCUGGUGGUGUAAUUCAUUCAGAUGGCCUGUUGGGGGCGGUGCUGCAGAUUAAGGAGCUGAUCCGCCAGAGAGUGGAGAACAGAGAAGAAGACACAGAGAGAGGAUCUCUGAGAGAGAGACUGGAGGACAUUCUGAAGGAAUCAGCUGGUGAGUAGUGAGUAUGUAGUCUGUUUGGACUUUCAUGAGACCCUGUGAGUGUGACUGUAUUUUAAUGUAAGUAUGUUAAUUGUGUGGAUGUGUGGGUAUUUGUGUGCAUGCAUGAUUGCGUGUGCUCAGGGCCACGUGUAGCAGGGCGAGGCAAAGCAUUUGUGGAGAGGAUCUUGACGAACGCUGCCGGAAAGAGCACCAGAGAGAUUAAGGGAGAAGGAGGGUCAUCAGACCCUAGCCACUAACCUCUUCUCCCCACCAGAGUCACUAUCCCACCCCUUCUUGCUUCACUUUGCACUUUCUAACAUGGAGAGAAGAUAGGAAGGACAGACAGACAGACAGCCAGAC